UCUGCCUAACUGACUGCUUUUAAACGCCCCUUUAAUCUGUGCUAGACUCCUCUGGUAUGUCUUCCUGCUUCUGCCUAACUGACUGCUUUUAAAUGCCCCUUUAAUCUGUGCUAGACUCCUCUGGUAUGUCUUCCUGCUUCUGCCUAACUGACUGCUUUUAAACGCCCCUUUAAUUUCUACUAGACUCCUCUGGUAACCAUUUCCUCUGUCUCCAUUUUGUCUACCUGUAAUCAUUUUAUCUUAUAUUGUCUAAAACUUGUUCAGCCUUUCACCCCACCCCCUCUCUAAUUUGCAAGUGUGCAAUUCCUGCUAGCUAAAACUUCAUCACUUCUCACUCCUACAUAUGGAGAAGGCUUAAGGCUCAUUUUGGGCCGAUGGCUCUCUGAUCUAAGUAGAGUUAGCACACUGGAGGUUGAAACUGCAGACCAACUAACAGAUUGAUCAACAGAUAUGGUAACCAAGAAAAAUACCAUACGUAUCUUUGGUUUGUUAUUACUCAUGAUAGGCAUAGGCUACAUAUAUAAAGUGACUUUUAAAGAGAGCACCUCUUUUAUACCGUUUGUUGAUAUUUCCUCAAAAGAAAGCACAAACCUAAAUAUUUUCGGUUCAAGCAACCCUCUAAAUCAAGGAAAUGGCAUCAUAUUUCUGGAGACCAUGGACGUUUUGACACCAACUCAUUUAGUCACAUGCGCUGUUGAAUCAGCAGCUCGUGUAUACCCUGAUCGCCCUGUCGUUCUCUUCAUGAAAGGAUUGGUCAAUGUAACUUUAGAAGAUGAUCAAAAAAAAGUACGGGCACGUUUUCCAGCUCUCUCAUCAUUUGAGAAUGUCUACAUUUUCGCUUUGAAAAUGGAGGAAAUAUUUAAGGAUACCCCUCUUCUCUCCUGGUAUUUAAAGGUUGAUCCUAAAUCGGAACGCUAUUGGAGCCAUGUCAGCGCAGAUGGUUGCAGAUUGGCCCUAAUUUGGAAAUAUGGCGGCAUGUAUAUGGACACAGAUAUCAUCUCAUUUAAAGCAGUUCCAGUAACAAACUUUCUGGCAGCUGAGUCCUCCACUUAUUCUAGUAAUGGAGCUCUUGGGUUUUCUCCCCAUCAUGAUUUCAUCUGGAAAUGCAUGGAAGACUUUGUCCGUAACUAUAAGGGAGAGGUGUGGGGACAGCAAGGUCCCUUAUUAUUAACAAGAAUUCUGGCACAAUUCUGUUCUCAGCAUAAUUUUAAGGCUUUGGAGGAUCUCAUGUGUGGAAACAUCACUUUCCUGAAUCCUGUACGAUUCUACAAAUUACAACCAGCAGUUUGGAGAACGUUCUUUGAAGUUUGGAAAGUAUUGCCAGAUUUUAAUGAUUCUUAUGGUUCACAUUUUUGGAAUUACAUGAAUCAUGUAAAUGUAAAACAAUUUGUGAUUCCUGGAAGCAACACAUUAACCGAACAUCUUUAUAAAGAGUUCUGUCCAAACACUUAUGAAACUCUUAAAACUAAAAUAUAAUUAUUUUAUCUGCUUAAAAAUAUUCCAGAUACAAUGGCCCCAAUUUAUCAAAGGUCUUGCGGACCUGAUCCGACACUGCGGAUCAUGUCCGCAAGACCACGCUAAAUGCGGAGAGCAAUACGCUCUCCACAUUUAACAUUGCACCAGCAGCUCACAAGAGCUGCUGGUGCAACGCCGCCCCCUGCUGACUCGUGGCCAAUCGGCUGCAAGCAGGGAGGUGUCAAUCAACCCGAUUGUAUUCGAUCAGGUUGAUUUCCGGCGAUUCCUGUCCACCUGCUCAGAGCAGGCGGACAGGGUUAUGGAGCAGCGGUCUUUAGACCACUGCUUCAUAACUUGUGUUUCUGGCGAGUCUGGAGCUCCGUAUGGAGCUUGAUAAAUAUGGGCCUGUGUGUUUUGUCAAACAUCCUCUUACAGACUUUGUUUUUCUAAUUGUUCAUAAAAACCAAGGCAAGAACAUUACUAUAAAUUGUGUGAAUGUAAACAGGUCUCUAAAACCAGGUAGUAACAUGUAAUAUGUUUACAAAUAUUGUUAAAAUAUCUCAGAAAUGUUCUAAACUUCAAGAUAGCUGUUGUUUACCAGCUUUUAAACACAAACAUACACAUAUAUAUGAACACAUAGACAACAUGCGUCUACUUCUACACAUUUUAAAAAUGCACAUAAUGCCUAGAUCUCAAUUUAUAUAGCUAAGUGAACAUGUCUUUCAAUUUGGAUUUCUAUGUUGUAUCUGUGAAAAGAAAUGUUAAUCAGAAUUUGAGCAAGUGCAAUUAAUUUUUUUAUUUUUUUAUUAAUAUUAUUAUGAUUUUACUAAACUCACCAGGUGGCUUAAGAGCUGUAAAAUAUUCACUAAAAUUCCCUAUCCUCAAUAUUUGAAAUUCAGGAAUAUUACUGACAACUAAUUUUUAUUUUUUUUAUUUUUUUAUUUAUGAAUAUUACAUUGCACUCACUGAUUAUAACAGAUUUAACUAUCAGAUAUAUAUUUAUUUACUUUACUGCAACUUUGCAAGUGUAGAAACAAUAUUUAAUAGAGUGUACUUCAUAAAUUAAGGUUGAUUCCAAUACUUUUGAGCCUAUUUAUCAGCAUUUUUAAGCUCCCGAACUAUGUUUUUCACAGUCCAGACAAUAACAUUUGCGUACUUUGAAAACUUAAGAUCAGAUCCGAACGUACAGUCAUAUGAUGCAUGCACAUCUUACAUUUCUAGAAGUGUGGCAAAAAGAAAACGUGUUCUGUACAGUGAGUUCUGCAACUUUGGACUAUCAAAAGGUUGAUGGGGGUCCAUCAACAUUUUUUAGGUUGAGCUGUGUUAGGAGGCUGGAAUCGGAAUCUAAGGAUUUUCCUACCUGAGCACAGGUUAGCACAAACUAAAGGGAACCCCUAACCAAUGCUCCAGUUACCCCACAGUGGUUACAUGGAUCACAGAUUGAGAAACAAGGGCUUAACUCAUUGACUUUUUCCUACUUGGCUAUUUGUUAUACAGAGAGGAGGAUACAUGGAUUUGAGAUGUUACUGGUGUACCUGGAGAAGUUAAAGAAUAAGGAUAAGGACAAAAAGAUCUGUAUCUCAGCCCGACUGCUAACUACAUUUCAUCAUGUCUUUCUGAUUCCUGCCAUCUACUUAUUCUAAUAUGUUUCUUCUUCUCUUAUAUUAAUUGAAGUCAGGAACUCAGGCUAACAAGCAACUUGAGGGGCUUGCGAGCUGAAUAGCUCAAUUCACUUUUUUUAAUAUCUGGGAUAUUUUAUGGGUGCUCAGGGGAUUAUUUUCCUUAGGGUUGGUGUAGUAUGAAUAAGGUCUUUUACGCACAGUGAGGAAUGUCCAAUAUUCUAAGAGCCAUAGAGUACUCCCAUAUGCCAACUGUGGUACCCCAAAAAGCAAGGAACUUUAUAAGAACUGCAGACUUUCUCACUAGUUUAAGUUCAUUUAAUGCAACUAUGAAUGUUUAUGAAACAUUCCCUUUAAGUACUUAUGACUAUAUUCACUGUCAGUCUUCCUUUUUCAAAUGUUCUAAGGCAGACAGAUUAUUUCAAAGAUAUUUGCUUUAUAAGUAACUGUUUAAUUGUGUUAUUGGCUUGUCUUACAUAAACAUAAAGUUAUGUGUGGUUCGAUGAUAUCUGUGUAUAAAUAUUUUAAUGUUAAUUAAUGUUAAAAUCAUCAUAUAAUUACACAGACAUACUUGUAUAUGUUUAGUAAGUGUUAUGAUGGCAUGUAUCAGUUAUUUUAUCAAAAUGUUUUUGGAAAUUGGAAUUGUGCUAUUACUUUCUGUAAAUAAAGUGAAAAAAGGAGG